GUGAUAGCAAUCGAUUAUAUAUGAACCAAAUAACGCAGUUGGAUUCAUUUUAACUGAAGACUGUUGAAGUAUAAGCCAAAUAGUCGUCAGGAUGCAAGGGAUGUUCCUCUUCUUGUUGGCUGCUUGUCUGAAUAUCCAUCUCUCCUUUGGAGCAGCGAAUUGCCCUCAGGGUCCCGCGGGUCUUCCUGGUCCUGCGGGUCUUCCUGGCAACAAUGGUGUCCCUGGUAACAAUGGCUUACCUGGAUCUCCAGGCAGAGAUGGACGUGAUGCGAAGGGAGAAGCCGGAGCACCUGGAAUUAAAGGUGAACGUGGAGCACCAGGUCCUAAAGGCAACAGCRGCGGGUCWACAACUCUUGAUCGAAACUGGAAGCAAUGUGCAUGGAAACGCGMAGAUAGCAAAGACAUAGGACUUAUUCAGGAAUGUGUUUUCACUAAAAAGGAAAGCCGCACAUCCCUGCGCGUAUUUUACUCUGGAAACCUUAGAAUCGCUAGUUGUACCAGUUGCUGCAGGCGAUGGUAUCUUACAUUCAACGGCGCAGAAUGUACAGGUCCCUUAUCUAUAGAGGGCAUUUACUAUAUGAAACUMAACCAAGACAUGCACCGCCAUCGUCACAUCGAGGGCUAUUGCAACAACAUUCCCAAGGGUUCAGUACGCGUUGGAUUCUGGGUAGGCAACUGUCAAGGGUACGGCAGCGCUGAUGCUUACACUGGUUGGAUUUCUGCAUCAAGGAUCGUUAUUGAAGAAGUGCCCCCUCAACAAUCAUAAGUCUGAAAAGAAAGUAACACGAGUAAAUUGAAUAUUUUGGAUUGAUAUUUCAAUGGCUGCUUUCAUGAAAAUCAUCCG